AUGUUCAAAAUCGUAGUACUGUCUUGUUUAGUCGCAUACGCAACAGCUAAACCCGGACUUAUUCACGGAGUUUCUGCUCCGGUUGCUGUUGCUGCUCCUGCUGUCGCCGUGGCUGCUCCACCCGUAGUAGUUCCAACUGCUGUUAGUCAACAGUCCAGACACGACAUCAUCAGUCCAGGACUCAUAACCUACACCACGGCCCACAUCGCUCCCGUGCUUGCAGCUGCCCCAGUCGUAGCUACUGCUCCUGUGCUAGCUGCCGCUCCAGUGAGAAUUUCAAGUGCAGCAACUUCAAGAUUCGAUGUACGUCAGCCAGUGGCCGCAGGAAUUGCUGCUGCUCCAAUUUCUGUAGGAGGUGUAGGUUAUGGAAAUGCUUUAGGAGGAGGGUUAACUUUUGGAGGUAUAGGGGUAGGAGGUGGAACUGGUUUUGGAGGUCACGGAUAUGGAAAAUAA